ACUGUCUCCAUCUUUGUUUUUUUUUUACUAAAUUUCCGUUCUCAGUAUAUUUCCUUCGACCAGAACACGACGUUGUACCCUGUAACAAACUGGUAAUAUGGGUCGUUCGCUCGACGACAAGGAAUAUUCCACUUCCCAAAUGAAAGCUGGUUUAACGAAAACAAGAAAAUCUGCACUAAGGGUGUAUUCGCAAUCCUUUCCGUUGCUGUUGGGUUGGCUAAUGGCGGGCAGACAGACUGCUCCUCUGCUGCACGGCAGCGUUUAAAAGGGGCAACGGCUAGCCUGUAGCGAGCUAACCUAGCUCACUAAAAAUCAUUGCAUUUGUCAUUAGUGACUGCAUCAGCAGGCCACGGGAAACCACCGCUUUGCUCUUCAUCGUGUCAAUGAAAUCUGUAUAUUACCUAUCAUGCCCGGAUACAUUAAGCACACACGCGUGUUUUUAGAUGGAGACACAAGAACCGUUUCGGUGUUUUACAUCAGAAAUCGUGAUCUUUGACGUUUGCCACUAACUUUUUUUGCAACGUUUUUCUCCAACAUUGAAUUGCGCAACCAGUGUUGGCUUUAACCGACUCAAAUUAACUCCGCCUUCAGGCUUGUUUUGUAAUGUUUUACAGCAACUACAAAAUACAUUUUAGAUUAUUUUACACACAAUAAAGGGCCAUUUCCCUAAACAACAACACAAACUAUUAAAGAUGUUAUGUUGUCUGUCAGCUUGUUUUCUCGAUGAUUUUGCCUAAAAAAAAUGGCACUCUUUUGUUUCAAAAAAGUACGAGAACUUGUCCUUGACAAUUGUCGAUCAGUUGAAGGAAAAAUCGAAGGCCUCACAGCUGAGUUUGUCAACCUGGAGUUCCUCAGUUUGAUAAAUGUUGGCUUAAUGUCAGUCUCCAACUUGCCCAAACUAGGAAAACUCAAAAAGCUGGAGUUGAGUGACAACAGAAUCAGCGGUGGCCUUGAUGUUUUAGCAGAGAAACUACCCAACCUCACGCAUCUAAACCUGAGUGGCAACAAAUUGAAAGAUAUUAGCACAUUGGAACCAUUGAAAAAGCUGGAUAACCUGAAAAGUUUGGACCUGUUCAACUGUGAAGUGACAAACUUGAAUGACUACAGAGAGAGCGUGUUCAAGCUGCUGCCACAGCUCACCUACCUGGAUGGUUACGACAUGGAGGACAGGGAAGCCUCCGACUCUGACGGAGAGGUGGAUGGAGACGGCGUAGAUGACGAUGAAGAUGAAGAGGGAGAGGAGGAGGAAGACGAGGACGGAGAGGAGGAGGACUUUGAUGAGGAAGAGGACGACGAGGAAGAUGAAGAGGAGGUAGAAGGAGAAGAAGACGACGAUGAGGUCAGCGGAGAAGACGAGGUAAUCCCCAAAAAUGAGGAAGACGUUGCUCAGGAUGCGGAAGUAGAUGAUGAAGAUGAAGAAGAUGAGGACGAAGACGAAGCAGCGGAAGCAGCGGACGCUGGCAAAGGGGAGAAGAGAAAGCGAGAGCUAGAGGAUGAGGACGACGAUGACGACGAUGAAGACGACGAUUAAGAGCAAAACUGAAAACGAGAGCCUACCGAGUUACCCUUCCUCUCCCACAAACCCGAACGUCCGCCCUCCUACAACUCACACCGCCUUUGUAAUCCGUGUCUACCCCCCCCCCCUCCCCCUCCCCCCCCAGCUCUGAGCUCUUUUUAUGGGGCAAGACUGUACCGGAUGGGCGGGCCGAGUGGAGCUGCCACACCCUUUUUCCCCCUCCCCCCUCAUGGAACUGAGAGCCACCCAACACCCUCCACCUCACCCACCCCCACAGCCCAGAGGUUCUCAGGCAGCCCAGCACUCAGCAUUCCACAAUUUCACUGUCGAUCCCUCUUUAUGUAUUCCCGUGUGAGGACUUUGGGACUGGUAUCUAGUUUUGGGUCUGUGCUUUUAAUAUUUCUUUGGAUGAAUAAUUUUUUUUGUUGUUGGGUUUAUUAUUUCUCAAUUUUAUUGUCUUUUAUUGUUUUUGUUCUGUUCCUUUUAUUUUUCCCAAUAAAGUUAUUGCUAUAGCAGCUGUGCAACCAGCGAGCCAUGAUU